AUGCCGCGGAAGACCGAUGCCGCCCAGGUCCGGCAGGUCGCAGCCACCGCUCCUACCGCGAGGGGGGCAGCCCGCAUGGGCGAAGUCCCCGCGGCAGACCCACCAUCUUAUCUGGAGUCGCAUGGGGAUGGGGUUACGUUUCCAGCGGUCGGCCUGGACUGCCCGCCGGCAAAGUCAGAGUCGGAGAACGUGGUCGUACUCAAGGGCGUGCUCCAGGCCGGGGAUGCCCAGGUGCUCGACGUCACAUCGAUGCUCGUGGGCGCCCUGGAACGCCGUGGCGCGCUGACCCGCCCCGGGCAGCCACCGGGCGGGAGGCCCGCCAUGGCGACCCCGCCCCGCGAGGUACGGCUACUUGCGCUUGCGUUCACUGGCUCGCGUGGGCCCAUCUUGCUGAUGGUCGCGUUCGAUGGCGUGGUCGUGCUCGCCCUCCCGGCCAGACCCGACUGGCAAGCGUCGGCCGCGGGACAGGGGUCCGCUUGGCCCGGCUGCGAGGGGAUCAGCCCAAGGAGCGAAGUCCCAGCGGCCGUUCCACCCUUGGUCUAUGGCAGGUGGGUCCUCACAGGUGCGCCGGUGCUCAACAACGCGCGCGCGCUUGGGGGCGAAGCUCUGCUCCACAGCGCGGUGCUCAAGGACGUGGUCCGGUUCGCGGCCGCGCUCCUGCCCCAGGGCGCGCUCGAGGUCACGAGCUUGUCGAGGUUCGGCGGCAUGCAGAUGCGCACGGUGGUCCGGCUCACGGCCGCGCUCCUGCCCCAGGGCGCGCUCGAGGUCACGAGCUUCCCGAGGCUCGACGGCAUGCAGGUGCGCACGGGCGUGCCUGUGGCCAACGGCGCGACGGUGUUCCCGGACGUUCUUGGCAUUCCCCACUGCGUGAUGGUACUCCCGGAGGGGCCGUGCUUGCAGUGGGCGUGCUUCGUUUGUAUUACCUUAUCCGCAGCCGCCUGCGACAACCCGCAGUCUACCGCGGGACAUGGCCCUGCCGGGCCCGGCCGCGGAGGGACGCGCCCAUGGGGCGGGGUUCCAGCGGCGGGCGGCCUGUUGGUGGAUGGCCACGCCGAUAUUGGGCCAGGCCGCGAGGGGACCAGCCCUUGGGGCGAGGUUCCAGCGGCGAAGGUAUGUUCGUCCGUGAGACAGGGCCCAGCUGGGCCCGGCCGCGAGGGGACCAGCCUCAGGGGCGCAGUCACGGCGGCAAACCUGCUCUUCGUCACGAGCGUGCCUGCGCUCGACGGCGCGCUGAUCGGCGACGUGUUUGUGUUCAAGGGCGCGCGCAGCUGCAAGGGCGCUCGGGUGCUCGACGACAUGCCGGUGCUCACGGGCAUUGCAGUGUUCAGCGACGCAGUGGCGCAGUACUUGCGGCCGCUGGGCGAGCUCGAGCGAGGGAGCAGUGGCUACAUUGCUCGCAUCACUUGCUCGCUCAUACCGGGCCGUUUGCGCCAGCUGCCUGGCGACGCCGCCUGGUGUCGGGAGGGCCUGGUCGAGGUGCAGCUGGCAGCCGAGGGCCUACUCGACGAGGAUGCCGAAGGGCGCGACGACGGGGGCGAGCGGAUCGACCUACGUUGA